AUGAACUUGGUAAAUGAUCUAAUACCCGAUGUGGAAAAAUUUAUGAAGGAUUAUAAGUUAGAAUGCCCUGCAGCGGCAAAUAGAUUCAAAAUAGGUGUCCCCGCUACUAUUGAACACUCCAUCAACCAUGAUCCUAGUAAAUCUGCCAAAUAUGUUGCCGAAACUGUUUCUCAUUUUAUUACACUUAUGGAUGCGCUUAAACUGAAUAUGAAGGCUGUGGACGAAAUACAUCCUAUGUUAAGCGACCUAAUGCAAAGUUUGAACAAAGUAAAUACUUUGCCUGCAGAGUCUGAGGCAAAAAUAAGAAAUUGGUUGAUUACUUUAAAUGCAAUGAAAGCGAGCGACGAAAUUAAUGAAGAACAAGUGAGACAACUAAUAUUUGAUUUAGAUAAUGCACACAACGCAUUUUAUCGUUCCUUAUCGGAUAAAAAUUAA